GUUCCUUGGUUGAUUUCCAAGAUACACCGUCAUAAUAGGUCAGCUCCAAUUACGCUUGCCUGAUAACUGUGCGAAAUCUGCACAUCCCAUGUCUACGUUACCCCAACCGUCGCGGCCUGCCGCGAACCCUUCGACGGGGUCCUUACCCCCGCUCUCAGCACCAAAAUCGAGGAGGAGUUUACCAGUCUCAUCUGACCACGCGAGGGCGCCUUCUCCGUCCCAGAUUUCUUCCAAAAUACGUGCCUCUCCUAGCCCAAGGCCAUCACUUAAUAAGACUGCACUGUCUAACUCGGCCUCCAAUCUGAGCUCCUCCAGGUCAAUAUCCGCGGGCCGAACUCCAAGCAGUCCCGAUAAAUCGCUACGCAGGACUAUUAGUAUUGCGGCAUUUCCCCAACCACCAAAGACAGGAAGUCGUCCUUCCACUGCAUCAUCAAUAUCAGGUAUUCAGAGUCUUCGCUCCUCUGGCAGUGUGAAGGUCAAAAGGAACUCUAGGUUAAGUGUGGGGACCAGCAGCAGCUACCGAAGUUCACAGACCCCGUCCUUACUGAAUGGCGGUGAUAAUAAAUCAAUUGUUGGUACUGAGACCCGAGAUCCAGAAGCUUCACCAUCGCAAAGCCGGAGCUCUUCUGCCCAAGGGUCAUACUCGACAAGCGCAACCACUUUCGAGGAUGCAGAUGAUGUAACGGGUGCCCUCAAGCCUCAUUCGAAGCCUAAGGAGGCCAAAGGGAACGUUAUAGUUAGUGUUCGAGUGCGCCCUGAUGUACAUGGCACCGAGACAUCAAAAACAAAUAGCGAAUGGGCAGUGGAUGCACGUCAUAGCCUUAUCACGUUUAGCGGAAAGGAAGGAGGCGACUAUUAUUAUGAUAAUGUUUUCUCUCCCCAUGAACAUAACGCCAAAGUUUAUGACUCUGCGGCAAAACGCCUCGUGAGAAGGGUAAUGGAAGGUUAUCAUGGUACCGUCUUUGCAUACGGCAUGACUGGAACUGGUAAAACCUUCUCAAUGCAGGGAACUGCUACCUCUCCAGGGGUAAUCCCACUAGCAAUAACCGACAUAUUUUCCUUCAUUAGGGAGACUCCACAUCGAGAAUUCCUGCUUCGAGUUAGCUACCUUGAGAUCUACAACGAGAAGAUCCAUGACCUCCUCUCAGCCUCUACUUCUGGCGGUGGUGGUUUGCCUCUCCAGCAGGAAGAAAUAAAGCUGCGCGAAGAUAGUAAACGAGGCGUGUAUGCUACUCCACUGAAAGAAGAGAUCGUACAAAGCCCGACACAACUUCUUCGUGUAAUUGCGAGGGGUGACCAUGCAAGAAGAACUGGAAGCACGCAGUUCAAUGCUCGCAGCUCCCGAAGUCAUGCAGUUGUCCAAAUCGUUGUUGAGAGUAGGGAACGAGUGCCCGCGGGCGCCACUCAGGACAGGCGAUCGGGCAUAGCCCCGGGAGGAGUCAGAGUAUCCACGCUUAGCUUGAUAGACUUAGCAGGAUCAGAACGGGCAGCUGACGACAAGGAACGGCGCACAGAAGGUGCUCACAUAAACAAAAGCUUACUUACCCUUGGGACUAUCAUUUCAAGGCUUUCGGAAACUAAGGACAAGGCUGGUAACCCGACUGAUCGCGAGGGCAGACACCUGCCAUAUCGUGAUAGCAAACUCACGAGGUUGUUACAGCCAGCUUUGUCAGGUAAUUCACUAGUUAGCAUUCUUUGCACUGUUCAUCUUGGCGUAACCGGCAAUUCGAAUUCUGGCGAAACACUCAAUACUUUGAAAUUCGCGGCGCGAGCUAAAAACAAUAUCGUCAGCCACGCCAAACGGGCGGAAGAAGCGCUUGGUGGUGGUAGCAGUGACACAGGCAGCCGUGUGCUUUUAGAACGCUACCGAAUGGAGAUUCAGGCCCUUCGAAGCCAGCUCGAGAGUCAAACGAAAGCACAAGCUGAGAAAGAGUUGAAAUUGGAAGAGCAGCAAUUAGAAAAGGAGGCACAGGCACGCCACGAAGAGCAAAUGUUGGAAAUGCAGUUAGCUCGAACCGCUCUCAAAGAGCGCAUAGAGCAUCUCAAUCGGCUCAUUCUUUGUUCCAAAUCCACUGGUGUGAACAGCCAGGGAGCGAUGUCUACUCUCGGUCGACUAUCAAGAAUGUCUGCCGCCGAAUCGGUGGCUCGAUCUUUACGCUCUUCAGUCAGUCAGUCAACAUUGGGUGCAUAUGGGGCAUCGUCUGUACGGCCUGCAUCAUUCCUCUCCGUCAACAGCAACGAAGCUUUACCUUUUUCGAGUGGUUCAUUUGGCAACGAUGAGGAGGAAGAUAUCGUGGGGGAAUUUGCGGACGGAAAAGCAAGCGCUCAGAGGCAAAUCAUAGCCCUUCAGGCCGAUUUGAGUGACAAAAAUCGGUAUAUCUCCACUCUAGAGAGACGCCUCUUGCAGGCCCGGCGGUCCAGCCAUUCGCGAAUGUCAAUAGGCGUUAAAGUUGGGAGUGCAACUUCUGAAAAUCCAGAUAUGGCGGCUUUGCUACGUGAAAAGGAUAUGGAAAUUAAUGAACUUCGACAACAGUUAGACGAUAAGGACCGGAUGCUCGCUGCGCUCCGCUCUGCUGCCCGGCAUCGAGACCUUGCGCAUCUCGCUACCGAUACAGACCUCAAGGAAAAUGGUGAGUAUCGAAGUGCCGACCCAGAUGUGAGCGAUUCGCUAGCUAGCGACCAUAUGGCUAGUAUCCCUCUGCCUCACAAGGAGGACGAACUAAAUGACAGGAAAAAUAUGGAUGAUGAAAUGUCACGAAUCCUCAAUGAGAUGAUCCAAGAUCGGGUUGACAGUGGCCAAUUAAUCAAGGGUUCCCAUGGGAGUGUCCGUAUCGCUACCGAAAGUCGACGGCCUUCUGACACCACGACGCCUGUUCAAAGCUUAACUCCAAGUAGCACUAUCCAUGACAACAUCGAUCAUGAUUUCCAACCGGGUUAACAGACAUCGCUUUGCUUGUCUUGCAUCCUUAAUGUUCCCGGCAUGCUAUGAUGGACUUGACCCAUAACGGGAGUUAUCUUUCGCUAAUUAUCUCCCACCCUUUCUAUUUUUUUAUUUAUCUUAUUUUUCUAUUUUCUUUGUUUUUCUAUUUUCUUUGUUUUUCUAUUUUCUUUGUUUUUCUAUUUUAAAUCUCCCUCGCGCUUCCUAAAACUUUUUAUCCCACAUUAUGUCCCCUUCGGUUUUCUCAGAUACCCAGGCUGCUAUUUCCGUUGUUUGGUGUUUGCCCUUACGAUAUAUCAUUUAGUGCAAGGCUGGAAGGAAAUAGUCAACAUGUACCCUUGCUUCAUCAUUCUUCAU